CGGCGCUUUCACCAUAGAUAUGAAUUACUCCCGGUUCAUCACCUCUGUAAGUGCAGCAAGAAAAGCCUCUCCAAUAAGGCUUCUAACUGAACUGAUGCAAAGGUCUCCUCCAUCACUCAUCUCACUGGCUGGAGGGGCUCCAAACCCUAACACUUUCCCAUUUAAGAAGGCUACUGUGACUAUUGAGCAUGGAACUGCUGUGGAGAUUGGGGAAGAGCUGAUGAAGAGGGCUCUCCAAUAUUCCGCCUCUGCAGGGAUUCCAGAACUAUUGUCUUGGCUAAGAAAUUUUCAGAAGAAUCUGCAUAAUCCCCCCACAGCCAACUACAGUCCUGAGCAAGGACAAAUGGAAGUGUGCGUCACAACUGGCAGCCAGGAAGGCUUAUGCAAGGUGUUUGAAAUGCUCAUUAAUCCUGGGGACAAUAUCCUUUUGGAUGCACCUACAUAUUCUGGGACACUAGCAGCUCUGAGACCUUUGGGUUGUAACAUAAUUAAUGUGCCUAGUGACCAGCAUGGCAUUAUUCCAAAAGCUCUGAAGGAAAUUCUAUCUGCAUGGAGCCCAGAAGAUGUAAAAAACUGCAACCACAAUAUUCCUAAAUUCCUAUACACUAUUCCAAAUGGUUGCAACCCAACUGGAAACUCUCUGACCACAGAGCGCAAGAAGGAGAUAUACGAGCUUGCAAGAAAAUAUGAUUUCCUUAUAAUAGAAGAUGAUCCUUACUACUUUCUUCAGUUUGAAAAGCCAUGGGCUCCAACUUUCCUUUCAAUGGACGUGGAUGGCCGAGUUAUCAGGACUGACUCUUUCUCUAAAAUUCUGUCAUCAGGGUUGAGAAUAGGCUUUCUGACCGGCCCGAAGCCUCUGAUCGACAGAGUCAUCCUGCACAUCCAAGUAUCCACAAUGCACACCAGCACCUUCACGCAGAUUGUGAUAUCACAGCUUCUUCAGCAAUGGGGAGAAAAGGGUUUCUUGGAGCAUAUAGACAGGGUGGUGGAGUUCUACAGAACCCAGCGGGAUGCCAUGCUCAGUGCUGCUGACAAAUGGCUAAAAGGCUUGGCAGAAUGGUAUCCUCCUGCUGCAGGAAUGUUCUUAUGGAUCAAAAUAAAGGGAAUUUCUGAUACACAGCAGCUGAUCAUGGAAAAGGCUUUGCAGAAAGAAGUGUUGCUGGUUCCCGGCGGAGCAUUCAAUAUUGAUAUUUCAGAGCCUAGUGCUUACGUCCGAGCCUCCUUCUCUCUGUCUUCCCCAGCCCAGAUGGAUCAAGCUUUCAAGAGACUGGCUGACCUUAUAAAAGAAGCUAUAUGAAAAGGCACUUUGAGCAAUCCACAUCAUUUCCAGAAAACAUUUAAUUAAUAACAUCAGAUUUCAUUAGAACACUGAAAAGCCAGCACGAUGCAGUGGAUGUUCCCUUAGGUGGUACCAGUGGUUGGUUUCCAAACUUACACAAUCAGYAUCCCAAAAAGGUUUGUAGAGAAUGUAGGCAUGGAUAUUUUAAUAAUUACUA